UGAGGCGCCCACCAUGGUGCGAUGCGACCGCGGGCUGCAGAUGCUGCUGACCACGGCCGGAGCCUUCGCCGCCUUCUCGCUCAUGGCCAUCGCCAUCGGCACCGACUACUGGCUCUACUCCAGCGCGUACAUCUGCAACGGCACCAACCUGACCAUGGACGACGGGCCCCCGCCCCGCCGCACCCGCGGCGACCUCACCCACUCGGGGCUGUGGCGGGUGUGCUGCAUCGAAGGGGUCUAUAAGGGGCACUGCUUCCGCAUCAACCACUUCCCGGAGGACAACGAUUACGACCACGACAGCUCGGAGUAUCUCCUGCGCCUCGUGCGCGCCUCCAGCGUCUUCCCCAUCCUCAGCACCGUCCUCCUCCUGCUCGGUGGGCUCUGCAUCGGCGCCGGGAGACUCCACAGCCGCAAGAACAACAUCGUCCUCAGCGCCGGCAUCCUCUUCGUGGCCGCAGGCCUCAGUAACAUCAUCGGCAUCAUCGUCUACAUUUCCAGCAACACGGGAGACCCCAGCGACAAGCGCGACGAAGACAAAAAAAACCAUUACAACUACGGCUGGUCUUUUUACUUCGGAGCCCUGUCUUUCAUUGUGGCUGAGACCGUGGGCGUCCUGGCCGUAAACAUUUACAUUGAGAAAAACAAAGAGCUGAGAUUUAAGACCAAACGGGAGUUCCUUAAGGCUCCCUCCUCGUCGCCCUACGCCAGGAUGCCGAGCUACCGGUACCGGCGACGGCACUCGCGGUCCAGCUCCAGGUCCACCGAGGCCUCCCCGUCCAGGGACGCGUCUCCGGUGGGGCUCAAGAUCGCCGGGGCCAUUCCCAUGGGCGAGCUGGCCAUGUACACGCUGUCCAGGGAGCCCCUCAAGGUGACCACGGCCGCCAGCUACAGCCCCGACCAGGAGGCCGGCUUCCUGCAGGUGCACGACUUCUUCCAGCAGGACCUGAAGGGAGGCGUGCACACCAGCAUGCUCAACCGGCGGACCACCCCGGUGUGAGCCGCCCCGUCCUCUCGGCACCGGCCUCUCCCCAGGUGGGCGGCUUGGACCCCACAGGGGGCAUCUGACCCGUAAGACGGACCAACAACAGACUGAGGCCAAACCCCACCCUCCCGGGUCUCCAGAAUGGGUCGCGGGCUGGCUUGGAGCGAAGCCCCGGAGAUGGGAAUCAGAAGCAAGAAGGCUGAUUUUAUCCCCAAAAAGGGUGUUUUGAUGCCCCGGGGUUCCGAAAUCUCCCAGGAGGCCCCAGAGCUCUCCUGAGGCUGCACAGCCUUGCCCCACCCGGGAAAACAAAAUCGAGCCAUUAUCUCCUCUUGGAAACAAAUCUUCUGCCAGAAGAACAGGCUUUCGGGGCCUUCCCUCCCUGCCCGGGCUUCACCAGGCCCGCAGGGGCCUUUGGAUGCUGGUCGGCUGCUUUUGAACCCAAGGUUCUGGCGUCUGUGAGCCGCAGGCAAGGAAGCCGAAGCUUGCCCCCUUUCCCUCUGUCUGCCUGUCUGUCUGUCUCUGGCAGCGGCCGCUUGUUGAGGUAACACUGACGCUGAGGAGAGAGCCUGUGACCACCCGGUGCUCUGGCCUUUGUGCUGUCCGGGGCCGCUGCCCUCAGCCUGGGGACAUCGAGGCCUGCGGAGGAAUCCGUGGGGUUUGGGGGCGUCUUCGCUGGCCUGGGCAUGAGGUAAAGGCUCUCCUCUCUGCUUCUGGAAGGUUCUGCCUCACAUGGAAAGGGCAGAAGUCACUGACUGUACUUGAGAGUCAGGAAGAUUCCACGGGUCAGAGGAAGGGUGGUCUCUUACUUUGUCCCCCCACCUCUGCCCACUGGCCUGAGGAGCAGCUCUGCCCCUCCUGGGGGGCCAUAGGGACAGACCUUCCCCCCAGGUGUUUGGCAACAAGAGCCCGAACCUUGUGCAAGAAAGGGAGACCCGAGGGUGAACAGAGACCAAAAGAUCAGAACAAACCCCCGUUUCCGGGGUGGCCACUCAUCCUGAUUUCUUGCAGAAACGCCAGGAGAGCAGUUACAUCCAUUCCCUCUUGAAAAGUGGCAGCAGCCCCUGCCCCAGCCCCUGUUACUGUCACUUCUGCCCCCGCCCCGCCCCGAAAGCACUCAGCGAGGAAGUUUGGAUGAAAGGGCCGAGCACCUGGGAAGUGAGGCGGCAGGUUCCAUGCUUGACGUUUUUCCAACCGUUUCUCCCCUCUGGAGGCAAGCAGAGAAUGUGGAAGCGUGUCCGGGCUCAGAGGGAAAGCUUUCUAGAACACGGAGCUGAGCCUCUUUUAUAUAAACACGUGCUUUCUGAAGACAGAUCCUUUCUUACUUUUUGAGACCUGGUAAUCCCUCUGAAGCAGUUGUCUGCGACCCCGGUAGCUGUCGUACUCAGAAGUGACAAGCAAAUUCUUACCUCAGCCACCUGCUCGUGGACCCCCUAGGCGGACUCGGCCCCGGGAGUUCAGAUCCGGGUCAUGGUCAUCGCCAUCCUCCGCCGCCCCCAGAGGGGACCUCCACAUGUCCCGCCCCCGGUGACCGCGUGCCGGGGCCCCUCCGCGCUUGCUCGAAACCCUUCCCUCCCGUCGAGGUUGGCUUUGUGUGGUUUGUCCAAGCAUGUACAGCAGUGAGUGCUGGAGUGUCCGGGCUUGUGGCCUGCCCCUGCCCGCCUUCCCCCUCCCCAGGCCAUGACACCAUCCCACCAGGCUAGAAGGAUGGGGGCAAAAUCCGGGGACUCAUCCCCCAGCAAGGUCACUUCCAAAAACAGGCAGCCUUGUCCUUUCUUCCACGUAAGCCACCUUCCCACCUGCUGCCCUGGAAGUUUCCAUCAUUUCGUGGAGAAAGCUGUGUUCCAAUGAAUCCUACCUCUUGCCCAGUCCCAGGAAGAGAACGCAGGGCCCACUUUCGGGACCAAGAAAGUAGAAAGAAGCGACAGGAGGGACAGAAGAGCAGGGGGCAGAACCACCUCAGCGCCUCUGGUCUUCACAGCCUUUCUCCCACCGUUGCCCCAGGUUCUGGUCGCCCCCUCCUCCUCGCCUGCCCUCGCUCUGAGACCUGCGCCCACGGGGGCACUGGGUGGCCUGUGCCCCCCACACUCCCCCGACCCCACGCCCUCUCCAUCCCGCCCCUGUGUGUCUCGCCAGUUAAGCCCCUGUGAAUCCCGUACCUACUACUGGUUUUGGGUUGU